AUGAUUGAUAAUAAUAAAUCAAUAUUUUUAAUAAAAUCAAAACAUAAAUUAGAUAGUAUAGUAGAAUAUACAGAGGAUGAAAAUAGUUGUACAAUUAUUGAAAAGCCAAAAAAACAUGUUGAAAAGAUUGAACUGUCUGGGAGACAGUUGUUUAGGAUCGAGCAGGAAUUGGAAGGAAUUAAUCUGCGUGCAAUAUCAAGUUUAAAGGCAAACGGUAAUUUGUUUGGAGAGGUACCAUUGGCUGUUAGAGAUAUGAUGGGAUUGCAUACACUGUCAUUUGGAGAGAAUCGUAUCAUCAAAGUACCGCCAUGGAUGAAUGGUAGUAGUUUUCCUAAUCUACGAAGAUUGGAUCUUGGUCACAAUGAUAUAGAUGUUUUACCAGAUCAUCUAUCACAACUAUUACAAUUAGAGUCGUUGGUAUUAUCACAUAAUAUACUUUAUUUGGUACCACCAACUAGUCUACCACCACAUCUUAUUACAUUGGAUCUUGGUCAUAAUUGUCUAGAGUAUAUAGAGUUGCCUGUACUUGAUAGUUUAAUCUCACUAAACGUUUCAAAUAAUCGGUUGAGACUUAUUGACAAUUUACCAUACCACGUAUCACAUAUUGCAUUGGAAGAUAAUUAUUUGGAAACUAUAGAUACUAGAAUGUUGGCUCGUUGUGGACGUGACAUUUCAAUUAGUUUUCAAAGAGCAUUUCGUGAUGUACAAAUGGAAAUUAUAUUCACUUGUGCUUUGGCUAGAUGUCCAUCGUUGGAUUUGUCUGGUUUAGGAUUCAAACAAGUUCCACCUUGUCUUGGUACUCUAUCACAUCUAACAUUAUUAGAUCUAUCUGGUAAUGGUUUAAAAAGUUUACCUCCUGAACUUGAACAAUUGGUCAACCUCAUUCGUUUGGAUUUAUCUUACAACUUUUUAUCUACGUUGCCAUUAUAUUUAAUUAAUUUUAAAGCAUUGGUAUUUCUUGGAUUACAUGGUACAAUUGAUUAUUUGGUUAAUCCACCAAGGAAAAUAGCUGAAGGUGGUAUUGGAGAAAUUCAACGAUACUUUGAAGACCUAUUCCUUGGUGACCCAAUCUAUCGUGUCAAACUAAUGAUUGUUGGUCAAGAAAAUGUUGGUAAAACAUCACUCCUCAAAUGCAUGAAAUGGAAAAAGAAAAUUGGUAAUCGUUCUGAUCAUCUUGGUCCAAAUGUCUCUACAGAUGGUAUAGAUAUUGAAGAUAUUAAAAUUAAUCUUGAUAUUCAAUCAAUCAUUACAAAAGAAAAAGAUAAAGAUAAAGAAAGAGAAAAAGAUAAUAAUAAUAAUAAUUUAUCAUCAAUAUUAUUAAAUAAUAAUUCAGAGAAGGAAUUAUUAUCAGAUAUAAAUAGUAAUAAUAGUUUAGUAAAUAGUCCAAUGAAAAGUUUGGGAGCAAAUAAUUUAUUGGCAAGAAAUAAUAGUGGUAUAGAAUCUUUAUUUUCUUCAAAUAUUAAUAGUAAUGGUACAAUAACACCUCAACCAUUAUCAAUUUUAACUUCUCCUUUAAUAAUUCAAAAUAAUAAUCAAAAUAAUAAUAAUUUAAAUAAUUCUGGAUCAAAUAAUAGUAGUACUAUAUAUUUAUCAAAUAGUAAUAUAAAUAGUAAUAGUAUAAAUAGUUCACCAUUGGUUGGUCAUAUACAUAGUAAUCGUGAUAGUAAUGGUCAUCAUCAUCCUCAUCAUCAUCAUUCGAUUUCAUCAUCCAAUAGUACAACUACAACCAUUACACAUAAUCAAAAAAUUACACUUUCAGUUUGGGAUUGUGCAGGUCAAGAACUUUAUUAUACAACUCAUCAAAUGUUUUUAACAGAUACUGCACUCUAUGUUGUGGUUUGGGAUCUAUGUAAACCAGAAGGAAUAUGUGUAUUAAGUUGUUUAAAUGGUAUUGGAUUUGAUAGAUUUCAAGAAUUAUUAAAAAAAACAAUUAUUGAUUUACCUUCAGUAAAACAAAAAAUUCCUGAUCUCUAUAUUAAAUUGGAAAAAUUAAUUAUUAAAAAACGUUCAACUAUUUUACCUCCUGUUCAAACUUGGAAAAAUUAUUCACAAAUGGUAUUAUCAAAUUUAGAUUUUCAUGAUGAAAUUCAUGUUAAAGUAGCAACCAAAACAUUGGUAUUAUUAGGAUGUUUAGCAUUUUUUGAUGAACCUUUAUUAGAUCAUUAUGUUUUCCUUGAUCCUCAAUGGUUAACAAAUGUUUUUUCUUCAAUUAUUACAACUAAACAUAAAUUUAUUAAAGAUGGUAUUUUAAAUAGAUUGGAUUUAUUACAAAUUUGGAAACCACCAAAUUUUUUAGAAGAUGAAGGAUUACAUAGAUUAUUAAUUAAUUUAUUAGAAAGAUUUGAAUUAAUGUUUCCAUUGGAACCUGAAAUUAAUAUUGAAGGUAUAUCUUCACCAUUGUUAUUAUCAAAAAAAGGUUUUAUAGAAGAAACAAAAGAAAAAGAAAAGAAAAAAAGUUCAAGUCAAUUUUUAUUAUCUCCAAUUAUCAAGGACAAUAAUAAUAGUAGUUCACAAAAAUUACAAUCAACAUCAAGUUUAAUGAAUAGUCAAACAAAUCUUCACGGUCCAACAUCAACUACUACACCUAUUUCUAGAAAUCGAUCAAAUUCAUUAGACCAACAAAAUUUACAAUAUUAUAAAACUCUUAAACCCUCCUCUACUGGAAAUUCAACACCAACAGGAAAAACAUCACCACCUACUUCAACAAUCAUUAAUAAUAUUUCAACAUUUAAUUUACAAAAAUUUAUAAUACCAUCACAAUUACCAGACAAGAGACCACAAUUUGAUUUACUUUGGUUACCAAGAGAUCAAUUUAGAGUAGAAUAUAAUCGAUGGUUUCAUCUAACAUUUAUACCAAUUGGUUUAUUUAGUCGGUUGUUGAUUAGAUUGUUGGUAUCUAGAGAAUUUAUAAUGAAACCAAAUUUGUAUUGGAGAAAUGGAUUGGUGAUUGAAGCUGCUCCGGCUGGUACAAUGGCUGCUUAUGGUCAUGUUCCAGCAACUGCAUUGGUAGAAUUACAUCCUGCCAUGAUGAUGAUAAAGAUUGCAGUUCGUGGAGAUAGACGUGCUGGUCGUACCAUGGCUGCCAAAUUACUUCGUCUAAUCGUAGAGAUUACAGAUAUCCUAUGUUCAUCUUGGUAUCAUUUGGAAUCGGUUCAAUUGGUUCCUUGUCCUCACUGUAUAUUCAAGGCAAAAGCAAACACUACACUAUUCACUCUAAAUGAUUGUGAAGCAUCUGCAAGUCGUGGAGAAUGGUUUGUUUGUUGUGGUGAAAGAAAGAUUGCUCUAGAUUCAUUUGUACCAGAUGUUGCAUUUGUCGAUUUUUGGGGAAGUACAAGUAAAAAAUUCAACUAUGACAAUAUUAAAUUGGAAAAGGAGAAACGAAAGAUUAUCAUCUUUCCAGGUGACUCUGAAUUUCGUUCCUACUAUGGUUAUCUUUCAAAUGAUCAUCAAAAUUUUGAUCAAAUCCUAGAUGAAGAAACUAGAGAAAAGGAAAAAUCUUUAAAUCUUCAAGUUAUCAUUAAUUGUACAAUCAUUGAAAAGGAUGAAGAAAAAGAAAAAAAAGAAGAAGAAGAAGGAAAAGAUCAAGACCUAUCUACUUUAUCAUGUUUGGAUAUAAAAUUUGAUAUAAAGAAUCAAAAUAUAAUGGUUAGUGGAACGAUUACAAGAGGAGUAAAAGAAAUUCAAAAGGAAAUAGUUGUACCAAAAUUAAUUGGACGUGGAGCAAGUGGAAAGAUUUAUAGAGCAGAAUUAAAUGGAACAACGGUAGCUGUUAAACAAUUGGAUGUGGUUGGUGAAGAUGCACCAAGAAUCUAUUCAGAAUUUCGUAGAGAGAUUCAUGUAAUGUCGGAUCUAAAACAUCGAAAUGUUGUCAAUUUAUUGGGAUUCACAUUACAUCCUUUUACAAUGGUUAUGGAGUAUAUUGAUGGUGGUGAUUUGUACCGUUUUCUACAUAGUCCUGCCGGUGAUGUAUUAAAUGAUAAUUGGAAUCUUAGAUUACAAUUGGCUCUAGAUAUUGCACGUGGUAUGAAUUUUCUUCAUAGUGUUACACCUCCUCUACUUCAUCGUGACUUGAAAUCUCCAAAUAUCUUAUUGUCAUUUCAAAAGGAUAAAGAACAACCACAACAACAACAACAUUUACGUGCCAAGGUGGCAGAUUUUGGUCUAAGUUCAAGAAUGUUUAUUCAAUCUUUAAAACAUAAAUUGAGAGAGUUUCCAGUUGGUAAUAUUACUUGGGUGGCUCCUGAAAUUCUUAGAGAAGAAGAGUAUACUGUAAAGAGUGAUGUUUAUGCUUAUGGACUCAUCUUGCAUGAACUAUUGACUCGUCAACAUCCAUAUCGAGAAUACAAUUAUACAAUGCUGUCACAAUUGGAACAAGCGGUACGUGGUGGUCUACGUCCAUCAGUUCAUCCAACCUAUACAAACACUGUCCUUGGACACGACUAUUGUGGUCUAAUGAGAGAUUGUUGGGACAAUGAUGUCAGCCACAGACCAACCUUUGCAAAAAUUGUUCGUCGUCUUGAAAAAAUGAUGCAACGUGAAAGUAUGUCUACUCUUUCCUCCUCAACUUCCUCCAACUCUGCUUUAUCAAGAGCUUGUUCUCCUCAAUCCAAUAAUUUAAAUGUUCCCAAUAACAAUAAUAAUAUUUCACAACAAUUAACAAUACUUGGAUCAAAAUCUUUAUCUCCAUUACUUUUGUCAAUUUCACCAACUGGAACUGGUAGUAUUAGUUUAAAUACAAUUAUGAAUAAUCUUUCUGGUAUUGGUCCAGCAAGUCAAAGUUAUCAUCAUUUAAAACAAUCUAUUAGUACUCAUCAACAAACAAGUAAUACUUCUACUACUUCUACUACUACUACUACUACGAAUCAAGAAGAAAAUCAACCAGUUGGGGGACAAUUACAACUUUGUAUUAGAACAUCAUCACCAGAUAUAAAGGUGAAAUCAUUGUUGUGGGAGAAUAGACGUGUAUGGGGUGGUACCACAGAUGGUAGUAUACUCAUUUGGAAUGCAGAGAAUGGUAAACCAAUUGUAUUUGAAUCUAAAUUACAUCGUGGUGCAAUCAAUUCAUUGUUAAUGGUAGAUGAUGAGAAUAUUUGGUCGUCUGGUGAAGAUGGAUUCAUUCGGGUUUGGAAUGCUUGGCGUUUGAAUUGUGAUGAUCAAGUCCGAUUCAAAAGUGAUAUGAUUAGUAAAAAGAGUAGAAGUGGUGGUAUGUUGGGUAGGAAAUCUUGGAAACAUCGGUGGUUUACCUUAGAUAGACGUGCCAAAACACUUAGUUAUCACAAAAAACCAAAUGACAAGUCUCCCAAAUGUACACUUCAAUUGGCUGAUUCUUGGAUUGAAGAUCUUGCUACCAUCCCCACAUCAAGUAAUACUACAAGUAAUAUUUUAAGAAUUGCACUAAAUAUUGUCAUACCAGAAAAACGUAGAAUGGAAUUAGGAUUUAAAAAUCUAUCUGAAAAGGAACAAUGGGUAAACUCUCUACAACGUAUCAUCAAUCAAAACAAACCAAUUUUUGAAAUUAAUUUAAAUGAAACGAAUCAAAACGGUAAUAAUAUUGGUGGUAAUAAUAUAAAUUCAUCAACUUCAUCAUCAUCAACAACAUCUCUACAACAAACAAUAUUUGUUGAAGAUAAUUAUUCAACUUCAUCAAAUAGUUCAAAUAAUUCUCCAACUACAACAUUUAUGCACAGAAAGAAAUCAAAAAGUAAUAGUAAUCUUUCAAAUUUAUUACCAUCAUCAUCAAGUCAAUUAAUGGUUUCUUCAAUGUUAUUGGUUGAAUGUGGUGGAAAUAAUCAAAAUCAAACUAAUCAAAAUCAAAAUCAAAAUAAUCAUCAAAAUAACAAUAUAUCUUCUUCUUCAUCUGACAUUUCUCAUCAAAGAGUAUGGGUAGGAUUAAAUAAUUCACCAGUGAUACAAAUUUAUGAUAUUAAAUCACGUACACUGUUACAUACAAUUGAUAUGUCUAAAGAGAUUUCUGAAUGGAAAUCAACGGAUCGUAUGAUUUAUCAUCAAGGAUUUGUAUGGGUUACUUGUUCCAAUAUGAUUGGACAUAUCGAUCCAAAGGAAUAUGUAGUGGUAACGGUUCAUGCUACCGAACAUACUCAACCAAUCCAUUCAAUUGCUUCAAUCGAUCGAUCAGUUUGGGUUUCUUGCAACGACUGUUCGAUUAGUGUAUGGGAUGGUCAACAAGGCUCAGUCAUUAAACGUCUAGAAGUCCCCUCUCCCAUCACCAAACUCUUACACUUUAAUAGUCAUGUAUGGGCCUGCUCAAUCGGUACAAUCUACAUUUAUGACCCUCUCACCUAUACAAUCAAAAAACAAGUAGAUUGUAAACAACAUGUAAAUAGUAUCACUGAAUUAAUCAAAGUUUUUCAACAAACUGUUUGGUCUUCUUGUAAUACUCAUAAUAUUUGUAUUUGGUCUUAA